CUGGAAAAAGCAGUCCACUCAACUGCUCAACCCUCCAGGUUCCACAUGAAUCAGCUUUUCCACCACCUUUAUAUAUUUCCAAAGUUGAAACCAACAGAAGCACAACCCCAUAUAUCUCAUCACCACCAUUACACAAAUUACAGUAUUGAUCUUUUUCGUCUUCGGUUUCAUAUCAAUGAAGGUUGUUUCGGUUGAGAUUUCACCAGAAUUGAGAGGGGAAAAGAAGGAGUGUUUGGUCGUAGUGAGAGAGUAUGAAGAGAAAAAAGAUAAGGUGGCGGUGGAGGAGAUAGAGAGACGCUGUGAAAUCGGUCAGAGAGGGAAGCCGACUCUUGUCACUGACCUUAUGGGUGAUCCCGCUUGUCGAGUUCGCCACUUCCCUUCCCACAUCGUCCUGGUAGCAGAGUAUGGAGAAGAGAAAGAAAUUGUGGGAGUCAUAAGAGGCUGUGUAAAAACAGUGACAAGAGGGGCUUCAGGUUCAGGAUAUGUAAAACUGGGUUAUCUUCUUGGACUCAGAGUCUCCCCAACUCACAGGAGGCUCAAUAUUGGCACAAAACUAGUCAAUAAACUUGAAGAAUGGUGCAAACAAAAUCGUGUUGAAUUUUCAUAUAUGGCCACAGAUUAUACCAACGAGCCUUCAGUUAAUUUAUUUACCAAAAAAUGUUCAUACAUCAAGUUUCGUACCCUGGCCAUGUUGAUUCAACCGAUUCACGCUCAUCACAAGUCAAUACAUUCGAGUGUAUCCAUCAUCCGAUUACCCAACAUACUAGCUGAAUCGGUCUAUCGUCAAGUUUUUAUGAACUCAGAGUUUUUUCCUAAAGACAUUGACCUAAUUUUGUCUAGUAAACUUAAUUUGGGUACCUACAUGGCAGUGCCCAAAAAAGUUCUCCCUAAAUGGGAUUUGAGAGCCAACAUUCUUCCACCGAAUUAUGCAAUUUUAAGUGUGUGGAAUACAAAGGAAGUUUUCAAAUUGCAAGUGAAGGGGGUGUCGCCAUUGGCAUAUGCUUGGUGUAUGGGCUCAAGAUUGGUUGAUGGUUGGAUUCCAUGGCUGAGGCUGCCUUCAUUUCCGGAUGUUUUUAGGAAAUUCGGGUUGUAUUUCUUGUUCGGGCUGCAUAUGGAGGGCAGAAAUGGGCGGAGCCUGAUGAAAUCUUUGUGCGCUUUUGCUCACAAUAUGGGCCGAGAUGAUGGGGAAUGUGGGGCCUUGGUGGCUGAAGUAGGCCCAAGAGACCCAGUCCAGGAGGCCAUUCCUCAUUGGAGGAAAUUUUCUUGGGCUGAUUUGUGGUGCAUUAAGAAUCUUAAAGAUGAAAUGGAUGACCCAGAUGAAAAAUCUUCGCUGUCUGAUUGGAUGAAAUCGCGAUCAUCUUCCUCGGUUAUUUUUGUUGACCCACGUGACUUUUGAUGAUUAACAUAAUACCUUUUUUUUUCAAAUGAAUUUUCAUUUAACGGUUAGGAAAUUAUAUUGCAAUCCUUCAUGAAAAGGCAGAAAAAUAAAAGAAUUAGAGUCAGUAUUUUGUACACUCAUGUUCCAAUUGUAAGUUUAAACUAUAUAAAAGAAUAAAUGGAACCCUGCAUAUGUCGAGAUGAUAAGAUGGAAUGCAAUUAUGCUAUCGUUACAGAUCUAA